AUGGAGGAGGAGAAGUUCGUUGAAGAGCUGGAUCAAUGGAUGAAACAGCUGAAAGACUGUCAAGUCUUCACAGAGAAGCAAGUACAGACCCUAUGCGAGAAGGCUAAGGAAAUCCUAAUGAAAGAAUCAAACGUUAAGGAAGUCUCUAGUCCUGUUACAGUCUGCGGCGAUGUCCAUGGCCAAUUCCAUGAUGUUUUGGAAAUCUUUAGGAUUGGUGGGAAAUUACCAGACAAAAAGUACCUGUUUAUGGGUGACUAUGUUGACAGAGGCUUUUCCUCAGUGGAAACUAUAACUUUUCUGCUGUCUUUAAAAGUACAGUAUCCAGAGUUUAUCACGCUAUUGAGAGGAAACCACGAGAGUCGGGAGAUUACUCAAGUGUACGGUUUUUAUGAUGAAUGCCAAAAGAAGUAUGGAAAUGCCAAUGUCUGGAGAUAUUUUACAGACCUAUUCGAUUAUCUCCCCAUUACGGCUUUAGUUGACAAGCAGGUAUUUUGCCUCCACGGGGGGCUGUCUCCCUCCAUAGAUACCUUGGAUCAUAUAAGAGGUUUGAAUCGAUUUAAAGAAAUCCCCCUAAGUGGACCAAUGUGUGAUCUGUUAUGGUCUGAUCCAGAUGAUAUUAACGGAUGGGAACCCUCCCCUAGAGGGGCUGGCUACUUAUUCGGAGCAGACGUUUCUGAAAUCUUUUCCCAGGCCAAUGGUCUUGCACUGAUUUCUCGGGGUCACCAACUUGUCGAGUCGGGGUUCAACUGGUCUCAUGAUGGAAGGGUGCUGACGGUUUUCAGUGCACCCAAUUAUUGUUACCGUUUUGGGAACCAGGCUGCUAUCAUGGAACUGGAAACUGCUACAAAGUACACCUUCAUACAGUUUGAUCAAGUACCUCAUGUGAAGUGUUCUUUUGUCACACCCCUACCUGAUUCCUAUAGACAGCCUUGGGACAAACAAUGGAAAAAUUUUGGGCAGUAUUUCCAAAAUCUUUUAAAAAAGUAA